CUACAUGUUGACCACCAUCAGCUUCAACUAUCCAGCAUAUAGUGUUGUACAGCAUACAGACCAAACAAGCAACUACAGCCGACCUCACCAACAAAGUCCCACUGAAUAAUCUCAGCUAAACACGAUCCCCAUACAACUGAAAGAUGUCGUUCAAGAUGGAGCCAUACAACUCAGAUUGGCCAAAACAGUUUUCCCAGCUCCGUACAAGCCUUCUAACUCGCCUUCAAGGCAUCAAAGACAUCACAAUUGAGCACAUAGGUAUCACAGCCGUGCCCGACCUCCCAGCUCAACCCAUCAUCGACAUCCUAACCAUCGCUCCACUCACUCACAUCGAUGAUAUCUCUGCAGCUCUUGUCACAAAUGGACCAUACGAAUGUCAAGACGACCCUAGAUUCCCUCACUGCGUUCUCCUCAAAGCCUCUCAUACAGCACCACCGCACAUCAUCUUCCUCUGCCCCACCUCUUCCCUACCGGCGCGCGCCCACCUAGCAAUCCGCGACACACUCCUUACCGACGCCGAUCUGCGCGCCGAAUGCACCUCAACCUCCACCCCCUACCGUGCCUCUCAACCGCCAAAAGAGCCCAUACUGCAGCCCUACCGAGACGUCAACACCGCAUUACUGCAGCAACUCCUCAUCGCAUCCCAGCAAUUCACCACCGCCGAACUCGCCACCCUCCUCAUGUCCGAUCUCUCCGCGUACUGGCAGCCCAUCAGCACGCCGCGCUUAGUCCUGCGCGAGUACGAACUAGGUGAUGUGGAGGGCUUGUUCGCCCUCGAGUCCAAUGCAGACAAUGCACGCUACCAGUCCUGGCACCCCUGGACCCGCCUGGAAGCACGCCAGAACCUUCUACGCGGGAUCCAGCGCAGUUACGAGAGAGGGAGAACGACGAUCGAACUCGCUGUCGUGUAUGAGGGUUCGUUCAUCGGCCGCAUAGGCGCGGCUAUCAGUUCCGUCCCCCGCACUGAUCAAACUGAAGAAAUGAAGCACCGCAGGCCCUCAAAGCACUUCACGCUGUGGUAUUCGUUCCUUCCCUCCCAUCAAGGAAAGGGACUAGCUACAGAGGCUAUGCGCACUUUUGUUGACAGACUGCUGGAACGUCACGGAGAGAAAGGAGAACACACUGAGAUGGAAAUUGAGUGCGACCCCAGGAACACGGGGAGUUGGAAGCUGGCGGAGAGGCUGGGGUUUGAGAGGGCGAGUUUGACGGAGAGGGCGUGGGAGUGCAAAGGAGAGUGGGUCGAUAGUCUUGUCUAUCGCAAGAUUGUGUGACGUUGUAUAUCCGGGAGGUAUAAAUAAUGUUGCGAGGAUGACAUUGGCAGACCAGUGGAACAGAUGUCAGCAAAAGGCAAUAUUGACAUAUUUCAGUGCAAUAGGCAGUAGCUGAACAAACUGGUAUUCAACAACGUGUACGUACAAAAAUCGCACACAACUACUUCCAUCUCUCACCCCUCCCCAUCAACCCUACCUCUAGUACCUACACUCGACCUCCUCAUCUGCAAUGAUACUAUACGUUUUCUUCUUGCUCAGCUUCUGCGGAC